UUUGGACUGGUUUCUUCUUCUUUAAUUGUUGUCAGUUAUCUGGAAUUUGUAAUAUCUUGUUUGAAAUUUUGUCUCAUCAUGACAGCGUGAUAUCAAUAUAAUAUUGUUUGCGCAGACUAUCGAUGCCGCUUCCCGAAUGCAACUACAAUAUUUCGAUUGUGUGGCUGUGUCUUUCUCUCGCUCCGUCUUUCCGUCAAAAACAUUGUGAGGUCGAUUCAGUGUAUGAUCAACAGCGUGCGCAUCAUGAUCGAAUGCCGAGAGAAAUGCAAAUAAUAAAAUAAACAUUUCGAGAAUAAGUUUUAUUAAGUGUGCCAAAUAACGACCAACAGAAGGAUAAGAAGAAGAAAAAAAUUGGAUCAAUUUAAAUGAGCCACAAAUUGUGUGAAGUGUUCGUAAAACUAAAUUUUAUUGAUAGAGGAAAAAAAAGGCAACCAUCAUCGUCCCUUGAAUUAUAAAAACGAAUAUAUCGACUGUAAUUCUUAUUUAUAUAAUUUUUGUAUGCAUAUUCAUAUUGUGAACAUUUAUAUACGGUGACUUUUGACAGUUUGCACAUAUAUAAACACACACGAUCAACACCAUACGUCUUCGCUGUCAGCCCAUGGGUGUGUGUAAGUGUAGAUAUGAGACUGCAGUGAGCGAAUGAGUGAAAUAUAUGUUGAACAACGCAUGUGUGAAACGAUCGCGUGAUUACAAUAAUUAUCGUACGACAGUACGCAAAUGCCUUAGUGAGUGUGCCUUCGAUUGAGUGACGUAUGAAAAAUCUUCGUUUAUGAAAUAAACAAUAUUCAGUGGUGAUUCUCACGUCGAUCACAUCGGAACAGCUCAAAUAUACACGUAUUUACAUGUGUGGUUCGGCGAGCGCAAACAGAAACCUGUUAUGUAUUUGUGUACAACGAAAAUAAAAUCGGACAUGUGUGUAGUUAAUGCGCCAGCUUAUCAGAGAAGAAGAAGCACAUAAUAAUAAUAAAAAAAACAACAAAGCAAACUCGGUGAUUGCUGCUACGUUUGUUAUUAUUGUUAAUAAUUUUUUUUCUCUUUCAUUCGUACAAGAACUUCAAUUUUGCCGCUCUUUUCAAACUGUUUGUUUUGAAAUCGAAUGAAAAGAAAAAUUUUAAGAAAAAGAAAAUCCGUCAGAAGAAGCAAGCAAAUGUGAAUAUCGAGAAGAAAAAAAAAUCAAACAUACAUGUAUGAAUCGAAAAAAAAAACAAACAUUUUCUGAAGUUUUGUCGACUCACAUAAUCGCAUCGAAUCGAUCCAUACACUGUUUGACGACGUUACGAAACACAACUGCACAACAUAAAAUGCAACUCUUUGAUUGAUAUAUUAAACCUCACACAUAUACAAAUGAUCGCAACAGAGCAGAAAAAUCGAACGGAUUGUGAUGUGCACAAACGCAAUGAAAAAACCAAUUAUUAAUAGUCAAAUUUUCAAUGAAGAUUUCUUGCCAUUUUCGUUAGAUAUAUACUACGUGAAAAAUUUACAAAGAAACUGUAGUCAGUUCUUGCCGAAAAGAAGACAAUCAACAAAACAACUCAUAUCGUUAAAGUUCAAAUAGACAAAAUGGAUUCAUCGUCAUCACCAUCGGACAGCCUUAUCGAAGAAAAGCCUCUUGCUGCGGAAGCCGAUAUUCCAGUGGCCAAUGAACAAAGUAAUGCGUCAGUCAUAUUGCAAAAUAAUGGCAACAGCAAUAACAACAACAACAGUUCUGUAAUGAGCGUACAAUCGCUUCAAACGUGUGCAAUUUGUGGUGAUCGUGCCACCGGCAAGCAUUAUGGUGCGUCGUCAUGUGACGGUUGCAAGGGAUUCUUUCGACGUAGCGUACGCAAAAAUCAGUUCUACACGUGCCGAUUUUCACGGAUUUGUGUGGUUGACAAAGACAAACGGAAUCAGUGCCGUUACUGUAGAUUAAGAAAAUGCUUUAAAGCUGGAAUGAAAAAAGAAGCUGUUCAAAAUGAACGAGAUCGAAUUAGUUGCCGGCGUCAAAGUGCUGAAGAUCCAGACCCAGGUAAUGGUUUGGCUGUUACGUCAUUGCUUAAAGCCGAAAUGGAGAGUCGCCAAUCGAAGGCCGGUUCAGUGUUAGAAAAUGAUGCAACUAAUGAAGAUUUGGCAAAUAAACAAUUAGCCAGCAUCAACGAUGUAUGCGAAUCGAUGAAACAACAGCUAUUAACUUUGGUUGAAUGGGCCAAACACAUUCCAGCUUUCAAUGAUCUGCAAUUAGACGAUCAAGUUGCUUUAUUGCGCGCUCAUGCCGGCGAACAUUUAUUGUUGGGAUUAUCGCGUCGGUCGAUGCACCUUAAAGACGUUUUAUUAUUGGGUAAUGAUAAAAUCAUUACAAAACAUUGCCCUGACUCACAAAUUUCACCAAAUUUGGAUAUAUCACGUGUCGGUUCACGAAUCAUUGAUGAACUGGUGCGCGGCAUGAAAGAUGUAAAUAUUGACGAUUCAGAAUUAGCUUGUAUUAAGGCAUUGGUAUUUUUCGAUCCACAAGCCCGUGGACUCAUCGAACCACAACGCAUCAAAGCGUUGCGUCAUCAAAUUCUCAACAAUUUGGAAGAUUAUGUUUCAGAUCGACAAUAUGAUUCACGAGGUCGAUUCGGCGAAAUUUUAUUAUUGUUACCCAUAUUGCAAUCGAUCACUUGGCAGAUGAUUGAACAGAUUCAAUUUGCGAAAUUCUUCGGUAUGGCCCAUAUCGAUACAUUGCUACAGGAAAUGCUCCUAGGUGCUGAUAAUUCGUCAACACCGCCAAUGGUUGGUAACUUCAGCCCAGUAAAUAAUACAAUGUGUGAUCAAGUAAAUACAUUAGAUGGUAUAACGCAGGAUUUAAAUCCAAUGACACCAGCACAACAAGUACAACAACAACAACCGUCACCGCAACAUCAACCAUCUCAAAAUCAAUUAGCCGACAUGCCAAAUAUGGUGGACCAGAUAGGUGUACCACUUCAACAAAAUAUUAUCGAUCCAUAUCGCAGAACAGGUGCUGAAAAUACGGAAAUGUAUCGUAACAGUGUGCCAAGCAAUAGUUAUGGGAUAUCAAAUCUUGUGAAUGGUCAUCACCAUGAUAUGCAAAUGAAUAACUUCGGUCAGCCAGCCGUAACCAAUGGCUAUAGCAUGAACUUGAAACAAGAGCCCGAUGUCAAUUUUUGACUAAAGACAAAUAUCGCCGUGUGACAUCGAUACACACAUACGAACAAACAGCAAUAUUCAAUCACACAAACAUUUUAUUUUUGUACAAAUAACUUCAUCAUUUGCUCAUAUUCAACAAACCACUUGGAUAGCCACAAAGGCAUCUUAAUACGUUAUUUUUUUUUUUUUUUUCAAUUUUAUAUGAUAUUUUCAUUUUUCUCGAUUUUACGAUAUAAAAUUACGCAUGCGUUUUCUCAUCAUCUCAAGCAAUUUAUUUGGUGCUAAUGUUGCCAAUUUUUUUUUUAUUGAACCGAAUAUAUUA